CCUGUGCACAUAAUAAAAGAGAAGACGCAUAUGUCACACACGUCUACGUUCACAAGGGAGCUCCUCUAGUUAUGGCUAUGCUGCUUCGUGUUUCCUCUGCAUUCCCUGCAACGCGAGACUCAUCGUUACCUUCUCCACGUUGUCCCUCUUCUUCUGAAACGUUACCCAUCAAAUUCUCACGCGCUUAUUCCCUCAAAAUUCAGCUUCAGCCUCAGUUUCGUUCAUCUAAAGUCAUCAGCAAUUCGUCUGGCUUGUCUCCUACUAGACCCAGAGCAAUGGCAGCUAGUGUGCAGGAGGCUCUUCCACCAGCCCUUACUUCGACAUCAGCCCCUCCUGACUUAUUUGAUGGGACAACAAGGUUGUAUAUCUCUUACACUUGCCCCUAUGCACAGCGUGUCUGGAUCACCCGUAAUUGUAAGGGAUUGCAGGGCAAAAUACAACUCGUCCCUAUUGAUCUACAUGAUAGGCCUGCGUGGUAUAAGGAGAAAGUAUACCCACCAAACAAGGUUCCAGCUUUGGAACACAAUAAUGAAGUCAGAGGAGAGAGUCUUGAUUUGAUGAAAUACAUUGACAGUAACUUCGAAGGGCCCUCACUUCUCCCUGAUGAUUCUGCAAAGAGGGAGUUUGCCGAAGAUUUGCUAUCUUACACUGGCACUUUUUAUGAUACUAUCGUUUCUUCAUUUAAAGAAGAUGUAAAUGUGACAGAAGCAGGUACUGCAUUUGAUUACAUCGAAACUGCUCUCUCCAAAUUUGAUGGUCCAUUCUUUCUUGGCCAAUUCAGUUUGGUGGAUAUUGCUUACGCUCCCUUUGUUGAAAGAUUUCAACCAUUUCUGAUGGAUGUGAAGAAUCAUGAUAUCACAGGAGGCAGGCCUAGACUAGCAGCAUGGAUUGAGGAGAUGAACAAAAUUGAUGCCUAUAAACAAACCUGUUGUGAUCCGAAGGAGCUCGUUGAACGCUACAAGAAACGCUUCUUGGCACGUCUAUGAACUCAUUCAUCUAGACUGUAGAGCUUGAAGAUCGGUUGAGAAAUCAAGGCGUCACCAUGAGAUCGUGAUGCAUUAUCUUGAGACCAGGUUGUUUCUUCCACAUCAUGAACCCAAAAUGUAGAUAUGUGCUGUGAAUACGUGGACUGAGUAAAUUACAAUCCAUUGUAUAGAUGUCCCUCCUGACGCAUUUUAAAUGUUUUUGAAACCCCCAAUCUGAUCUAGUCGACAUCUUCGAUUAUAAUUGCAGAAAUGUGCCUAUCUCUCAUCUCCAAACAGUUUGGAGAGGGUGUCA